UACAAGCCCGAGAUCACCCCAUACUCCAGCCUCUUAAUCACUCCUCCCAAAGCUCCAUUCAUUGGCCCUGCCGCACUGGGUCUGCUGGGCACUACUUCCUCUCAGCUGCUGAACUGCUGCCUUGGGUAGGGAUCCUGGGGCCUUUGUCUGACUGGGCUGGGCAGGGUGGAAUGGGGGUUCUGGUGGUGCUGUUGGGGAUGCUGAGCAUCCAGGAGGUGGCUCUGAGGGGCUCCCCUGCCCUCCAUUGGGACAGCACCUCCUGCCACUUGGCCAGGCCCAUCCCCGGCAGCUUCUUGGGGUCCCUGAGCUUCCUGGGCAAGGAUGCGCAUGGACUGGCCCUGUUCCACGCCCACUGGGAUGAGCAGGGGAGGCUGCAGGAGUGUAGCCGGCAGGAUGAGCCGGCGCUCACGGCAGCCUUCAGUGCCCUCUGUGCUGGUGAGAUCACCCGGGGCUCCUUCAUCCACACCCCUGGACCUGAGCUGCAGAGAGCCCUGGCCACCCUUCAGAGUCAGUGGGAGACCUGCCGGGGGCCUGAGGAGAGUCCACCAGGGGCCAGGCAGAAGCGAGCAGCAGGGCAGAGUGGAGCGCCUGUCGUGGGGCACCAGCGGGUGAAGAGAGGCUGGACCAUGCCUGGCACGCUGUGGUGUGGAGUUGGGGACUCUGCCAGGAACUCCUCAGAGCUGGGGGUCUUCCAGGGCCUUGAUCUCUGCUGCCGGGAACACGACGGCUGCCCACAGACUGUCUCGCCCUUUCAGUACAACUAUGGCAUCCGAAACUAUCGAUUCCACACCAUCUCCCACUGCAACUGUGAUGCCAGGUUCCAGCAAUGCCUUCAGAAUCAGCGAGACUCCAUCUCUGACGUUGUGGGCGUGGCCUUCUUUAACGUGCUGGAAACGCCCUGCUUCGUUCUGGAGGAGCAGGAGGCGUGUGUGGCAUGGUACUGGUGGGGUGGGUGUAGAACAUAUGGCUCCCUACCCGUCGCCCGCCUCCAGCCCAGGACCCUCUACAAUGCCUCCUGGAGCUCCCCAGCCACCCAGCUGACUCCCAGCCCCCAGAACCCAGCUCCCAGCAAGCGUCCAUGGAAGCAGCACCCUCGGAAGCGGCCACCACAGUGGAAAGAGUCCAAAAACCCCAGCAAAGCCAACACCACAGCCCUCCAGGGCCCCAUGACCUCCCCUAGGCCUGAUAUGGCCCCCACUGGGGGCCCCCAUCCAGGCCUCCAGGGGCCAUGGGGUGGCCUAAAACCUCAGGGUGCCCGCCGGGCCUGCCGCAGCUUCCGCCGCCUAGAACAGUGUGAGCACCAGAUCAGGCCUCAAGAGACCAAGUUCCAGCUGCUCAAUAGUGCCCACGAGCCCCUCUUCCACUGCAAUUGCACACGCCGUCUGGCACGUUUCCUGAGACUCCACAGCCCACUCGCUGGCACCCACAUGCUUUGGGAGUUGCUGGGCACGACCUGCUUCAAGCUGGUCCCUCCACUGGACUGCGCUGAGGGCAAAGGCUGUUCUAGAGACCCUAAGGCCAUCAAGGUCUCAGCUCGGCACUUGCGGCGACUUCAGCAGAGGCGACUCCAGCUCCAGGGUGCAGGCACAGAAGAGGCACCGGCAUGGCUUUCAGAGCACCCAAGGGCCCCCACAUCAUUCUAUGACCGAUGCCUGCAGCUGAUGCAGGCAGCCCGAGGACCUGGGGGGCAGCAGAAAUCUUGGAACCAGUGACCUCAGUUCCAGCUCUCCUGGGCAGCAGACUGGACCUUGCCCUUGGCUUUGCCAGGCCCUCAGGUUGGCCUCUUUUCAGUGUGUUAGACUGAAGCUUGGCACAGGCUCUGUGGACAGCCAGGACACUGGAUGGGGAAGGCAGGGGAGCAAGACCCAAUGCUGGACCAUGUCUCCUGCUGCGCUGGUUGAUCUUGGGCUGGUGACACAACCCCCUCUGUGCUUGGAUGUGGUGUCCAGGAGGCUCAUUCUGAUCCCCUGGGCUUAGGCCUUGCCAAGGAACUUCACAUCCAGAUGGGAGCGGGGAGGGGGUAGCUUACUGCAGCAGCCCAGCAGAAGUACCAGAAGGAGGUACACGUAUCUCCAUGUUGCAAAAUUAAUACAUGUCUCAAGGACCUGCCCAGGGGAGUCCCAGCGCCUGCCUGCUGAGGCUUGGGGCAGCAGGUGGGGAAUGAGGAUGUCACAGAAGUGCCGAUGUCUGGAUCUAGGAUGGAGGGGCACUAGAGGGGCUCCCCACUCCCCUCCUCCCGGGGGAUUCCUUCUCUUAACAGCUGCUGUGCCCUUCCUGGCCCAUUUUUUUCUGCUCUAAACCUAAAUUCUAAUCUCUCCCGUGCCUUUGAGCAGGGGACCUCCCUCUCCCACUCUGAGCCCUAGUUUCCUGCUCUGAAAAAUGAGCGUGUAAACAGGAUCUACCUCAUAGGGUUCUUGAGGAUUACGUGAACCAACACACGGAUAACGCUUAGCACCCAAUAAACGUUUCCUCCCUCCAACACACAGCUAAACUGUGCUAGGCACCUGAUUUUGAGAGGCUCACAUAACCUCUUGGAGGCCUCAGUUUGCUCACCUGUGAAAUGGGUCUAAGAAUGGCACUGAACUCAACACCACAACUCAGGGUCACGGUACAAAUUAAA